GUAACUCACAUCCGAACUCUCAUCAGAACGCUACUCCUUCUCUGUUCCGGGAUACCGACAGCCACCUCAAGCUCGUUGUUGCUCUUGGUAUUGAAGAGCGCCGUGUUUUCUUGACCUUUCCUCAAUGGGGUCAUAUUCUCCAUCACAUGGCCAGAAUGAUACUUGCUCACACUCUCGGCCUCCACGCAGAUUCACCGCAGAGGAUGACUUAUUUCUUGUAUCCUGGCUGGCUAGGCACAAUGCAGAUGGCCUUGGCAGACGAGGAAUAAAAACCUACAAGAACCUUGUUCAACAGCAUCCCACAGGUACAGAUUUAACACCUAACGGAUGGAAGGGUCGUUACAUUCAAAAUUCAGCGCAUUUCGAUCCACUCAUACGACGGUAUAUCAUCGACAAUUUGGGCUCUGAGGCUACCGGAUCCACUACAUACAUUCCUCCCGAGAUACAACCCUUCACAGAAGAGGAUGAAACACUACUCGUUGAAUAUCUGGCAAAAAAUGCCGACCGCAGGGCCAAAGGUAUGGCUGGUCGGACAAUGUAUCAGAGACUGAGCAACAACGUGGAAGGUGAAUGGCCAUGGGCUGCGAAGCACUCGUGGUACGAAUGGCGGAACUAUUAUAAAACCCACUCUGAAAAGUUGGAUAAACUCAUCGAGCAGUACCGGACAGCGAACAACAUUAAAUUUGAACGAAUUGAAAAAGUACCUCGUCCGUCGAAGGAACGUCAGAACGAAGAGGAUUGCCUGCUAUCGGGGUUUAUCGCAGAAAUGAAGGUGAAAGGCGCUAAGCCCGGUAGUAGGCUCAUUUAUCGCGCCCUCGUCAACGAUGAAGAGGGAAAAUGGCCUUGGGGUAAACAACAUACCCCUGAAUCGUGGCGAUCUAGAUAUUACCAGAGGAGGGAAGUAAUGGAGUUAUUGAUUCAGGAGAAGCUCGCUCAAAUAGCAGGUGAACCUGACACUGGUAUAGAGAGCAUCUCGAGAUCAAAAAUAGCUGGAAGCAGGAGAAACUCGCCACAGUCAGAUAGGGGCAACUCCGACCUGUUGGAGAAUUCCAGCACAGACACCGAUGAGGAACCAUCAGCUUUAAUGGCCGGAUCUUCAAUGAUGGAAGAAGAAGAAACAGGGACGCUUUCCAACGUGACGCCCCCACAUCCUUCAUCCCCGCUCACUUCCCUCAUAUCCGCAAAGCCUGAAAGUGAAAGCGGUGGAGCGUCAUGGCCGCAAGAAAGCACGUCUGGCCAUUCGUUUUCUCGGUAUUCUGAGCCGCGUCCAGAAAUAUCAGACCCACUCACGGAAGCUGCGACAAUGGCAGUUCAUCAAUUACCGAGUUACGGACUUUUCACACGUCAAGACGACACAGUGUUGCUCAAGUAUCUGUUGGAGAGAAGUGUGGACGAGAAACCCGAGAAGAAGAGACGUACGGGGGAUCUUUUUGAGAGGAUUGGAGUCUUUCAGGAGCUUACCAAAACGGUGCCGGCCGCUGGCAGGCAUACCGCUCAGACCUGGCGGACGCGUUAUUUAAAAAACAAAAUGCAAUUUGAUCGACUGGUCAAUCAACUGAAAGGCCCCGUUGAAAGGGCACGACGACAAUCGUCCAGCCAGGCUCACCUUUCGAUUUCGGAUUCACUUCAGGGAAUCCAGAGGCAGAUAGAGGUUAGUGUCUUCCCUGAGGAAGGUGGUCGUGCGAAGAAAAUCAGGACAACCGACAAGGGGAAAGCAAACUCCGUAAAAGGGAAAGAGGUGGAAGACCAGGGAAGCUCUGGUAAUCUGAAAUUGAUGGAUGCUCAUGACGAGGUUGAUACAGAAGAGGAAGGAGAAGUGGCAGAGUAUCUUUGUGAUAUGGAUGAACGUUAGGUCGGUGCUCCGAGAUACUCGUGGCACUACACGACGGGUAUAUAGUAUGUGCAAUCUAUCCACCGCUUUGUUACACUGAUUAUUUUAUGUUGGUUGGAAUGCCGUUUAACUGUAAUAAUACAUCCAGGAAACCGACGGAUGGAAUGAAC